AUGGCCACGUUCUUGCGGUCUUUCCCCACAAGGAGCCUGGGACCAUUGCCGACCGCCGAGGGCCAGCAGGCUCCCCCUGACGAGGAGGGCACGGUACGAGAUGGCGACCGGACCGUCGUGGCGGCUCUUCCGCUCCCACCCGAGUACAACGCCACCGGACCAGGGCGAAGUUCAGAGCCACAGUCUCAGUUCUGUAGAGACAGGUUCAGCACAAAGUUUCUCGAGGACUUCCGGGACCGCCGAGCAGGAUAUUGUUCAGAGAGCUCGGCAUCCGACCUCACCUGCUUUCACACCGUCAACUCCGGCUCCUUUGCCAGCGGGUCGUUAGACUCCUUCUGUAUAGCUCAAAAAGGCGUUGUCUUUGACACCAAACAGCAGAAGUUCGCAUUCGACUGCCAGAUUCGUGGGCUUUCCGACCAGGAGAAAGCAUUGGGCGCUGCUCCAUUCGAGGACUUGCAAUCUUACCAGUAUCUAACUGGGCCGAAGUAUAUUCUGAAAGAGUGGAUGGACCUGAAACUCAAAAAGACGCCCAUGUUUCUGGGUGGAGGCUCUGUCGGACCAUCACAGCUCAAAGAGAAGAGCUUUGUAAUUCUAAUGAAACGGGAGGUAGACGGAAAUCUCUGGCAUUGCCUCAAUGAGAUCAUGGCAGUCCUAUCCACGCUGGAUGUCCUGCGCACCACGCCUGACCCAGAUUCUGGAGGCAAAGCUGUGUUCAGCCCCGAAGACCUUCCAAGGACGGAGAUAGUGAUCAUCGACGAAUUUCCGGACGGUCCCUAUUUCGACCUCUUUCAACUAGCAUCGGGCAAGGAACCCAUACGGUUAGCUGAGUGGGUCGCCAGUAGGAGUAGCGACACAAGCUCCAGGAAAGAUGCGGCUGUAAUACCAGUGGACAAAUUAAUCAUCCCUUUGGCGGGUGCUGCCAACCCUCUCUGGUCGGACUGGGUGACCAUCAAUUGCGACGAGAACGCUGUCCUGCGGGUCUUUAUCCAGCGAGUCUUUGAUUUCUACGGCAUUCCCCGCGAGCGGCAGCGUGGUGCACCACGCUCACAUGCCUCCAGCCUAUUCCUAUCGCCAUCCCCACCGAGACUCAACGUCAGCAUCGUUGUCCGAAGGAACUCGCGCAGGUUGAUUGGACUUGAAGAACAUCUCUUCGAGGCAGCCAAGGCCAAGUUUGCACACGUGGCGGACAUCCGCCUUGUGGACUUCGAAGGCAAGCCGUUCCGAGAACAGAUCGAGAUUGCGCGACACACGGACGUUCUGGUGGGAAUGCACGGUGCCGGUUUCACGCAUGUCAUGUUCAUGGAGGAAGGACGAGGAGCUCUGGUCGAAAUCCAGCCGGACAGGCUAUGUCACAGGGGCUUCCGCAACUUGGCUAAGAUGACUGGACAGUUAUACUUUGUGGCCGGGGCGAACAAGGUCCUUGGAAAUUGUUACCCCGGUCCUGGAGGAGAUCUGGAACAGAUGCCAGAUGACGGGACCUCAUUCCUCCCGUUCGACACCUCCAGGUGCUGGAGCUUCACGACAGACCCCGAGGGUUGGUCGUUCGUCUGCUCUGAUCCAAGGGUGACAGGAGGAGAGAAGUCGUACAUGAUGUGCAAGAAUCGUGCGGCGAGCGAUGGUUGGUAUCACACCUGCGAGAAAAAGGAGGCAUCGGAUAUUUGGUGGAUGACACGGUACAUCAUGGAACAGGACAGAUUCCUGAAGCUGAUGGGGGAUGCGAUCGAAGCCGUGCAAGAGCGGGAGACAAAACGAGAAGGAUGA